AUGAAUAAUCAUUGUGGAACAGAUAGUACAGAUGACAAAAUAUUCUAUGAAUUAUCUGCCGAUAAUGAAGAUGCUGCCCCGAUGGAAGUGGAAUCAUUGUGCGUUAAUUGUCAUGAGAAUGGUAUCACUCGAAUACUUUGUACAAGGAUCCCUUUUUAUCGGCAAAUUAUUGUAAUGUCAUUUAGUUGUGGAUAUUGUGGUUAUAGCAACAAUGAGUUGCAAAGUGGUGAAGCAGCACAAGAGCAUGGAAUCGAAAUUGUUUUAUGUGUGAAAAAUAUGUCAGAUUGGAACCGGCAGGUUAUAAAAUCAGAAUAUGCCGAAAUUGAAAUCAAAGAACUAGAAUUGAUUAUUCCUCCGAAGUCGCAAUCUGGUGAAAUAACUACUGUGGAAGGAAUUCUUCAGCGCGUGAUUACCGGUCUUAGUCAAGACCAAAAUCGAAGACGUCAGUGUUAUCCUGAAAGUGCUGAGAAAAUUGAUGGGUUUAUAAAACGUGUGAAACGGCUAAUUGAUCUGCAGGGAAAAUUCACGCUAAGGAUAAGAGACGUGUCCGGCAACAGUUUUGUUCAAAAUCCUUUUCCAUUCCAUGUGGAUCCACAGUGCAGCGUGACGCAUUUUAACCGAAAUCUUGCUGAUAAAAAACUUCUGGGAUUUGUAGCCGACGAUGUAGAAGAAGAAGACUCUGCUCCUUUCCAAUCAUACGAUGAUGCAAAAAACGAGGUGUUAAGGUUUGCUACCGACUGUCCUAAUUGUGGUGUCCCGACGGAAACAUGUAUGAAGCCUACAGAUAUUCCUUAUUUUACAACAGUUAUUCUGAUGUGUACAACGUGUGAUGCCUGCGGAUGGAAAUCGAAUGAAGUUAAAAGUGGUGCUGCCAUACGAGAUCAUGGUUGCAGGUUAACAGUUCUGAUAGAAAAAGAGAUUGAUCUUGCGCGAGAUGUCUUGAAAUCAGACACGUGUAGUAUGUCAAUUCCUGAACUUGAUUUGGAAGUAGGUUUCGGUGCUUUAUCAGGAAGAUUUACAACUGUGGAAGGCUUGCUUGUAGCUACCAGGGAUCAACUUAAGGAACAGGGAGAUUUUUUCUUAGUGGGAGAUAGUAGAAGUGAAGCGGAAAAUGAUCGGAUGAAAAAUUUUCUGGAUAAUUUUGAGCAGAUACUGCUGUUGCGAAAGAAAGUUCAUUUAAUUUUAGACGAUCCAACGGGUAAUAGCUAUAUCCAGAGUCUAAAUGCCCCUAUGGAUGAUAACCGCUUAAGAAAGGAAUUCUACGAUCGUACCAAUGAACAGAAUGAUGAACUUGGUUUAAACGAUAUGAAAACAGAAAACUAUUCCCAGUUAGAGACUAUUAAUGAAUGUGAAUGA